AUGACCGGCCUUCGAGAAAUCGUUGUUGGAGAUGUGGUUCACUUUGGUUAUUUCUGGAACUUCACAGAUAUUCUCAUGGCAGAAGAUGAGGAGCUUGGGUCAUUUUAUCAACAAUACAGGAGUAACAGCACAGUAGAUUUGGAUGCAUGUAGUAAGAACUUCAUGGGAUUAAAAGAUCAUAUGGGGCCCAGCCUUGCCCAGCUUUAUGUGAAGAACAGUGAAGCGCACGUUAGCGGGGUUGUGCAGUGGUCCAUGGUGCGGAAACCAACAAUGGAUACAGUUAAUUCCAGAAAAGAGGAUUCAGAUAAAGAUACUUCUGAAGAGACUUACAGUUCUAGUGGUGACUCAGAGGAAGGAACAAAUUCUGACAAUGAAUCUGAAUUGUCUGGUAGACUUGUAGUGGAACCUUGCCGGAUAACUAAGGGUCAUAGACGUUUGUGCAGAUCUCCAUGCAUAGAGCCGUACAUCCUAAAGCGCAACGAGAUCUUACAUGACUUAAAGAAAGUAGAAAUCUUGAAGGAUAUAAAAGAGGUUAAAAAAACGCCAGAUACGGGGAAGGAAUACCAAUCAAAACUGGACUUUGCACUUAAAUUAGGUUACUCUGAAGAGCAGGUGUUCCUUGUUCUCAAUAAACUUGGUACGGAUGCUUUAAUUAAUGAUAUUUUGGGUGAACUUGUCAAGCUUGGCAGCAAAAGUGAUAGUGAACAAAAUGUUGGGAUGAGUAACAGCGGCUUGCGGGAAUCUUCUUCAAUUGAAUCCCAGCGAUCCGAAUCCCCUUUUCAUCAGGAGAUAGUAGAUGACAUUGAAAAUUUGCGGCCUAUUGUAAUUGAUGGCAGCAAUGUUGCAAUGAGUCAUGGUAAUAAAGAAGUGUUUUCUUGCCAUGGGAUUAAACUAGCAGUCACCUGGUUCUUAGAUCGAGGUCAUAAAGAUGUUACGGUAUUUGUGCCUGCAUGGCGGAAAGAACAGUCCCGGCCAGACGCCCUCAUUACAGAUCAAGAAAUCUUGCGUAAGUUGGAAAAGGAAAAAAUUCUUGUGUUUACUCCAUCUCGUCGGGUGCAGGGAAGACGGGUGGUGUGUUAUGAUGACCGGUUUAUAGUCAAGUUGGCAUUCGAAUCGGAUGGCAUCAUUGUGUCCAAUGACAAUUAUAGGGAUCUGGCAAACGAAAAACCUGAAUGGAAGAAAUUUAUUGAUGAGAGAUUAUUAAUGUAUUCAUUUGUCAAUGACAAGUUUAUGCCCCCUGAUGACCCUUUGGGCCGCCAUGGACCUAGUCUGGAUAAUUUUCUGAGGAAGAAACCAGUAAUCCCUGAAUACAAGAAACAGCCUUGUCCAUAUGGGAAGAAAUGCACCUAUGGGCAUAAGUGUAAAUAUUAUCACCCUGAAAGGGGAAAUCAACCUCAACGAUCAGUAGCUGAUGAACUUCGUGCUAUGUCUAGAAGCACUGCAGCCAAAACUGGAGGUGAAGGAGGACUGUUCAAAAGCAACAGUGUUCCUUCAAAUACCAGGAUUGAAUGCAGCAAUGACUUGAAACGUUCUACUCCAAAGAGACAAUCGGACCCAAGUAUAAGAACUCAAGUGUAUCAAGACCUGGAAGAAAAACUUCCUUCCAAAAAUAAAUUUGAAACCAGAUCUGUGCCAUCUUUAGUUAGUAUAUCAAAUUUAAAAUCCCCCAUCUCCAUAACCUCAAGCAAUGGAGGUUUCUCUUCUGUACAGCUACCCUCUCAGGAUCAAGGGCCUUCUGGGCUAUAUUCUCCUUUACUAAUGUCAACAAAAAAACACAGACUGGAAUACCCUAAGUGUGAAUCACCUGUUGAUGUAGGAUAUUACUCCAUGAUGAAUGCCUACUCAAAUUUAGGCAUAUCUGGAAAUCGGAGUCCAGAGAGACGUUUUUCAUUGGACCAAGAAUACAGGAUUAGUUCUGUAGCUUCUGAUUGCAGCAGUGAUGGUAGCUUGAGUUGUGGAAGUAGCGAUUCAUAUGCUGGUUAUAAUGACCGUUCCUAUGUCAGUUCUCCUGACCCUCAAUUAGAUGAAAGUAUGAAGUGUCAGCACCUUCACACACCUAUUCGCUCAGGUCCUCAAACAUUCAUGCAAAGCUACCAUGAUUCCUUAACAAGAGUCCAAAGCUAUGGGCAUGAACAAGAACUCAAACCUCAUCACAAGCCCCAGACUUCUUAUACACCUGUCCCACUGCACCAUCAGACUGUUGCAUCUCGUUCUAGUUGCCCAAAUGAGUACCAUGUAUCUCCAAAUUCUCCUGCUUCAAAAAAAUUGAUUAUGGGAAGAGCUUUGGUUUCCACAAGAAUGGAAAGUGUCUCUGAUUCACGUUUAUAUGAAAAUUCACCACUGAGACAGCAUAAGCCAUGUCAAAGCCAAGAUAGCAUUGGCAGUUGGGAAAGGCAUAAUUUUGUUGCUGAUGCUUAUGGUUUUCGUCAACCUUACUCAGUGCCUAGCAACCCAUCACAGCCAUGCUAUGAGCAGUUUGCUUUCCAAAGCCCACCUGAGCGUCAGGAUCAGUCUUGGAGGAUACCUUACUGUGGUAUGCCCCAAGAACCUCCUCAACAUCAAUGUACUAGAGAGAAGGUUUUCAUAAACUUGUGUAACAUCUUUCCUUCAGAACUUGUGCGACUUGUGAUGAAACGGAAUCCACAUGUUACAGAUGCUCAGCAACUAGCGGCAGCUAUUUUGGUGGAGAAAUCCCAGUAUGGAUAUUGA